GUGUAUUAUAUUUCCAUCAAAAUGACGAGAGUACUACUUGCCAUCGGUUUAACCGUCAUCACAUUUGCCUUGACGCAGUCGGCAAAUACUAAAACGAGUGCAAUGCCUAAGGAAGCCAUGACGACCACCACUGUGGAUGACCAGGAUAGCAGCAUUGAUAACAACGCCGAUGUAGAUGUAAUUGCUGUUAUGAAUGCUUGCAAUGAGAGCUAUCGGAUUGAAAUGGCUUACUUGGAAUCUCUUAACGAAAGUGGCAGCUUCAUAGACGAAAAUGAUAAAACGCCUAAGUGUUUCAUCCGUUGUGUCUUCGAGAAUGUUGGGAUAGUAUCAGAAGACGGUAUGCAGCUGAAUCCAGCGAGGGCAGCCGUCAUAUUCGCGGGACAACGGAAUGGCAAGCCUAUGGACGAUAUCGGAGACAUGACUGCUCUUUGCGCAGCUGACCGACAGGAAACCUGCCCCUGCGACAGAGCCUACAAGUUUAUCAGAUGUUUGAUGUCGAUGGAGAUAGAGAGAUAUGAAAAGUCCUAAUACAAAAGUUUGAUACCUCCUCAAGACUUAUACCGGCCUAG